AUGACCUUGGGCCACGCGGCGCUGGCGAUGCUCCGCGGCGGCUACCUGGGCCGCGCCCUCGGCGCCGCCCGAGGCGCAUCCCCAGCUGCUGCCCCUGCCUCCCCCUCUCGACCCCCCGGCCCGUCGGCCGGCCAACACCGCAUCCAGUCCCAGCCUGCGGCCACCUCUCCCCGCCCCCAGGCGCUCGCCCGAUUGAGGACCUGCGCCGCAUCGCCGCUCGCUACCGAUCGCCCGGACGCCGUCUCAGAGGCUCGGCCCGCCGUGUCCGCCCGCCUGGCAUGCCCCAUCUGCAAGGAGACGGAAUUCGAUUCGGCCGACCUGCCCUCCGCGGGUGGCAGCCUGGCGUGCACCAGGUGCGCCCGGACCUUUGACACCGGGGAUGACUACAUUGAUCUGACGCUGACCAGCGGAGUUGAGCAGGCGGCCUACCGCCCCAGGCGUCGCCUGGGCGUGUGGCUGUUCUCCACCCGCCUGGUGGGGUACCUCUACGAGCGCGGAUGGCGGCAGAGCCCGGCGUGGCCGGCGAUGGGGUUCCCGGGACCGACCAAGGAGUUCGAGAUGGCGAUGGAGCACCUGGAGCCGUGCGUGGGGAACUGGAUUCUGGACGUCAGCUGCGGGUCGGGCGUCUUUUCUAGGAGGUUCGCGGCGUGUGGGCGAUUUGCUGGCGUCAUCGCCUCCGACAUUUCCGGCCCGAUGUUGAAGGAGGCGAAGCAAUCCAUGAAGGAGCCUGGCUACUCGACGCCGGUGGUGUUGGUGAGAGCCGAUGUCGGAAGGUUGCCCUUUCCAACCGCCUCCCUGGCAGCUGUUCACGCAGGCGCCUCCGUCCACUGCUGGCCAGACCCGCCGAUGGCCUUCGCCGAGAUCAGCCGCGUCCUAAGGCCCGGCGGCGUGCUCGUUGCAUCGACGGUCAUGACGGUUCCCAGCGCAAUGUCUGGGCUUGCCAGGGACGACGCCUUGCGAGCCCUUGACUCCCUGUUCCCCAGCGACGUUGGCGUUCAAUUGUGGCGGGAGGGGGAGCUGCGCGACCUGUGCGCCAUGUCCGGCUUGCAAGGCUUCACGUGCCACCGCAACAGGAUGUUCAUCAUGUUUGCGGUUACCAAGCCAGCUGGCAACGAGGGUUGA